AUGGCCAACCCUCACUCCUGUCCCUCUUCACCCUCUCUCAACCCUCCCCUCCCCCCCCCCCCUUCUUAUUCCCUCUCUCUCCCCCUUACCUCCCCCCUUCAGGACUGUUUCCACUCCUUCCACCCCCAGGCCUUCCUGUUCCUGCGAUUCGAUGACUACAUCGCCAACCCCCGCCCGCACAUCGCCCAAACGCUCGACUUCCUCGGCUUCCCCGCUGCUGACGUGGCAGAGGAGCAGUGGGCAGGGAUCAUUGACCUGGAGCCAGUGGAGCAGCGGCCGGAGGGCGUGGCGAGGGCUGAGCUGGACGGGUUCACACGAGAGUACCUAAAAGCGUUCUUCGCGCCUUUCAAUGCGGAUCUGGUCAUGCAAAUGGCGGACAAGAACCAUCCCAACAUUGUGCGACUGCUUGGGUUUGCGGUUGGAGGGGACGUCAGGUCUAAGAUAGAGCAAGUCCUCAUCUAUGAGUUUGUGUCCAAUGGUAACAUAGCGAGCCUCAAGCACCCCACCAUGGACGCCCCUCCCGGGGAUGCUGUGCAGCGCUUGGCUGAGCUGGCAAUGAGUUGCACCGUGGAGCGCACUGCAAGCCACCCAAACAAGGCGCUCAUUUCCAACGAAUUGCAGACUGUCAGGGAGGAGGUGGCGGGGAAAGAGGAAUCUGGUGCUGCCAUCAAGGUGGAUGCGCAGGUCCAGGAGAUGAAGGAUGCUGUUGCGGGUGAGGACAGCCUGGAGAUACAACUUCAAAUUAUCGAGGAUAGCGGCAGCUUCAUCACUGAAGACCCAGUCUAG